CACGCAUCAGCGUCACUCUCCCAUCCCCGCCCCAAGGCACGGACAGAGAAAGAUCUAAGCGCCGCGGCGAACGGCAACAUAUAUGAUGGUGAAGAACCCAAGCAGCAAUGGAGUUCUCACGGCGACCGCCUUCUCCGACAGCAAAGCCAGGCCGGAGCGCGGCGUAGGUGGCGAGGCGGCGGGGAGGCCGUACAGGGGGGUGCGGAUGCGGAGCUGGGGGUCGUGGGUGUCGGAGAUCAGGGCGCCCAACCAGAAGCGCCGGAUCUGGCUCGGCUCCUACGCCACGCCCGAGGCCGCGGCGCGCGCCUACGACGCCGCUCUGCUCUGCCUCAAGGGCUCCAACGCCGUCCUCAACUUCCCCGCUGCCGCCUCCUCCUCAUCCUCCUCCACGUCCGCGUCCUCGUCCCACCGGCGUGCUCACAGCCGCGGCCACCCGGACGACGACCCGCCGGCUGCUGCCGGCGGCGGCAUGUCACCGAGGUCCAUCCAGCGCGCCGCGGCGGCGGCUGCCGCGGCGAUCGACGACGACGCCGGCAUGGGCGCCAGCGCCGCUGACGACAGGUGCUCCUCCAGCGCCGGCGCGACGACCCCGACGUCUGCCUCUCUGUCGACGCAGGGCAGCACCGCCGAUCACGUCGGCCAGGAGCAGCACGCGACGACAACAUCCGCCGCGGCCAGCACCGGCUCGCCGCCCGAGGGGAAGGAGGAGCUGUGGACAGACCUGGACCUGGAGGCGUUCGCCUCGCCCAAGUUCAUGGAUCUACUAAUGGACACCGGCGCCGCGCCGUACUCGUCGACGUGGGAGGAGCCCGAGGACGACGGCGACGGCGAGUUGAUGAGGCUGUGGAGUUUCUGCUAGGCCUCUAAACAGCAUUCGGCUAGGGUGCAAUGCAUGCAUUACAGCAUGACAGUACGUUCAUGGAUUGCUGAGCGAGCGAGACAGGGAGCAUCGGAUACUUUCUGCUAGAUUUGCCUCCAUUUUGCUAAAGAAUAACAAUUCGCGUGAUUGCUUAAAUCGGAAAGUGCUCGGAAGGACGCGCUUUGUGUCUCCGAUCCUGACGAGGCUUCGCGUCUAAGCAGUUUGCAGUUGCACGCUAGCAGUGUGCUGUACUGCUGCUGAUCUGUCGUAGUUUUCGGUGUUGUAAAGGUGAAUGCACACGCUGCUUUUGAUCCA